AUCAGCCCCACUAAAAACUCAGUCAAAGAAAAAUGAGAAAAACGAAAAAGAAACGGAAAACCGAAAUUAAGUGAUGGGUCUAGUUGAUAUGUUUGUGACUGGGUUCUGUUUCAAUUUAACUUGUCCAUUGGAGCCAUAUGUCAACGAUUUUUGUUUUGAAAAAACCUUUAAUAGAACAGAUGGCUUAGAAUACAUAAACUCAACUUGUCCUUUGAUAAAUUUUAGUGCCCUCCAACGAAGAAAAAAUUUAGAGUUACUUCAGGAAGAGUUGAAAGGGGCCAAUUUAAGAGUCACUACUUUAAAGAAUGGAAUAUUAAGUGGUUACACUGUGGACUCCAACGGAACAGUUAUUGGGACAGGAAUCGCUUUUGAUAUAUUGAAUAUUUUGCAAAAAAAGUUUGAAUUUACUUACGAUUUAAUAACACCAAAAAAUAAUGUUUUUGGAUCAAGAAACGAUGGGGUUUUUGAUUUAAUUAAGAAUAAGGAAGCUGAAAUUGGAGUAGGAUUUCUUCCAAUUCUGCAAAUCCGAACUUACACAAAUUUUCUUAAGUAUUCUCCAAGUUUAGACACAGGAGAAUGGGUGGUUCUUUUAAGACGACCUAAAGAAUCGGCAACUGGUUCAGGGUUAUUGGCACCCUUCACCAAAUGGGUUUGGAUUUUGAUCAUUCUUUCAUUAUUGGUGGUGGGUCCCAUAAUCUAUUUCAUCAUCUAUUUAAGGUAUAGAAUAUGCAAAGAUGACGCCAAACUGUAUUCCCUAUCUAAUUGUAUGUGGUUUGUAUAUGGGGCACUACUCAAACAAGGCACCACUCUUAAUCCUGUAGCAGAUUCAUCCAGACUACUAUUCUCGACAUGGUGGAUUUUUAUUACAAUUCUUACUGCAUUUUACACAGCAAAUCUUACUGCUUUUUUAACACUUUCAAAAUUCACUUUGCCAAUAGAACAACCAGAAGAUAUUGGCAAAAAACACUACGACUGGAUUACAAAUAGAGGAAACGCAAUCGAAGAUCAAAUUUAUCACGAAACUAGAAAUGAUGUAGACGAUUACAUGGUUGAAAGUGAAAAACUGAAGAAUAUCCUUGGACCACAAGCGUUUUCUGAGUAUAAUGAUCAGUCUGAUAUGGAUUUACUCACUGAAUAUGUUAAACAAAAGGGGAUUAUGUUUAUAAGGGAAAAACCAAUAAUUGAUUACGUUAUGUACGACGACUAUAAGAAUAAGAUUAAAGAGAACAUUGAAGAACAGAAACGUUGCACAUUUGUCAUCACGAAAUUUAACGUAGCUUUGUUCGCCAGAGGAUUCGCCUAUAGUAAGGAUUUCAAGUUUUCACAACUUUUUGACAAUGCAAUUCAACAACUAGUAGAAUCAGGCAUAGUUAAAUUUAAAUUACGGGAAUUCCUUCCUGACACUGAAAUAUGCCCAUUGAAUCUUGGAAACAAAGAACGUCAGUUAAGAAACUCCGAUCUACUGAUGACAUAUAUGAUAGUUGGCGGAGGACUAAUUAUUUCAUCUAUUGUAUUUUUAAUAGAAAUCGUUAUUGAGAAAAUGAAGCAGAGGAAGAAGCCACGGCGUCAUCAUCAUCCAAAUCUACAUAGACCACCCACAAAAGUGUUAGAUUUGCACUCGCAUAAUUUAGAUGCUGGUUUGAAGAAGUUUGUUACACCUCCACCUGCAUAUAAUUCUCUAUUUAACCCUCCCAUGUCUGUUAACAAUAAUGGAUAUAAAAAGAAAAACAUAAAUGGUAGAGAGUAUUGGGUUAACACAGAUCAUGGUCAUUCAACGUUGAUACCCUACAGAACACCUUCUGCGUUGUUAUUUCAAUUCACAAACUAAAUGUUAAUGUGUUGAAAACUGUAGUUUAUUAGACACAUCUAGAGGUUUUAUUAUUUAUAACAUAGUAGUAAUAAAUUACACUAGUUUACAUUCAAUUUUAUUAUUUUGCAUUUUGGUUUUGAAAAUGGGAUUAAUUGAGUAAAGCAAAUACAAGAAAUUUAAACAAUAAAUUUUUGUUUUUUAGUUUUUAUAAUAUUUUUUAAAAAUAUUUUUUUUCAGAGUAUCUUAAUUAUUGGGAAUCACAUAGGAUUGAAUCAGGAAGGAUUGAAUUCAUGUAAACUAGUGUUUUUGAAAUAAAUUAUAAUAAGUUCAUUAUGAAUCUAACAAAUUUCAUAUUAUGUAAGUUAUUUAAAAUCUUGUGUUAGUAAUAUUAUGUUUUCUCAACUUGGUCCAAU